AUUUUUUUUAGGGUUGACCGAUGCAAACGUACGUCUGUUGACAUUUCAACAGACACAUAAAUUCAACACACAAUACAAAGCAACGACAGAUAGGUUAAGAAACAAAAACUAAUUCGUAUUAACUUUAGCUUUUGUUUCACAACAUUACGUUCCAAUUGAGUUAAAAGGAAAAACAACAAUUGUAAAAUUAUUUAUACGAAAUGUCAUUCGAUCCUUUGUGGCUGCACAAUACAGCGGCAAUUUUAGAUGAUCCAAAGGAGACAUUGCAGGAAUAUAUUGUCAAUCAAAAAUUGCCCAUCCAUGAUCCAAAGCCAUUUAUUCUGCCACGUGAAUCAAAUCCAACGAGUCUCUAUCAUGCACCACUUGGAACAGCGAGCACUACGCUAGUUGCUGAUCGUGAUCCCGUCACCGGUCGUAUUUUGGAAUUUGUUGAAGUUGAACUUGAAGAUGCGGAAUGUACGGCGAAAAAUUCGAUGUCAAUGCGUCGAGCGCCAGUUCGACCAGAACAAGCAACGCGUGGCUCAGCAACGAAUUUCCCUUUUUGGCCAGGUGGUUUUGAUGAGCCGGCUAAACAAAUCGAAUCGCUCAAGCUCGAUCAAUCCGAUUUUGUGAAAAAUCUUUUAAAAGUUGCACCAGGUUUCAGCGAAGGAUUGGAAUUCAACACAACAACCGAUGGUGGUGUUAAUACAAACGCUGUGGAAACCAAUGAAAGUGUUGAUUUGCUGUCGAUCGUCGAAGAUGAGCACAGUGUAUUGGGCAUGUGGUCUGACAACGAAACGGUAUCAAAGAAAUCAGCGCCGAGUCAAUUCGAGUAUAACGAAGAAUUAGAUGAAAUUAUACUGAAAACCCCAGCAGCAGCACCGGUGUUGGACAUUUCGAAAACACGUAAGCCCAAAGUGCAAAGCAUGGAAUACGCCGAAUGGGUGGAUAUUACCCAGCCGGUAAAAGAUUUCGAGCAGCAAGUGCCAGAGCUGGCGCACACAUAUCCAUUUGAAUUGGAUACAUUUCAAAAGCAAGCCAUCAUCAAGCUGGAGAAUCACAAUCACAUUUUCGUAUCGGCCCACACAUCUGCUGGAAAGACGGUUGUGGCCGAGUAUGCCAUUGCCUUGUCACAGAAACACAUGACCCGAACCAUUUAUACCUCACCAAUAAAAGCAUUGUCCAAUCAAAAGUAUCGCGAUUUUAAGAAGACAUUCGACGAUGUCGGCAUCAUUACGGGAGACAUUCAGAUCAAUCCAUCUUCGGCAUGUUUGAUUAUGACAACCGAGAUUUUGCGAUCAAUGUUGUACUGUGGCAGCGAAGUGACCAGAGAUUUGGAGUAUGUUAUAUUCGAUGAAGUGCAUUAUAUUACAGACAUCGAACGUGGUCAUGUGUGGGAAGAGGUGUUGAUUUUAUUGCCAGAACAUGUGAACAUUAUAAUGUUGAGUGCCACCGUGCCGAAUGCUUUAAAAUUCUCCAAUUGGGUGGGCAUGACGAAACGGAAAAAGGUGUACGUGAUCAGUACAUCAAAGCGACCCGUUCCAUUGAAACAUUAUCUGUACACCGGUCACAAUACUGAAACGAGAAAAGAGUUGUUCUUGAUAGUCGACGAUGAUGGUCGUUUUCUCACCAAGGGCUACAAUGAUGCGAAAACGGCAAAACAAACGCAACAGCAGAAGCAGAAAAAUAAGGCGAGUUCACGAGGUGGCGGGUACUCAAAUUCAAAGGGAUCUACUCCGAACCAACAGCAAAAAUCCGAUAAUAGAUCAGGCUCACGAGGUGGCCAAAGUGGUGGCGGCGGAGGCGGUGGAAAAAGUCACGGCCCAAAUUUCCUACAUCCAAAACACGAAGCCCAAAUAUGGUUAACAUUAAUCGAUUUACUCAAGCAAAAUGAUGAACUGCCAAUAAUUGCCUUUUCUUUGUCGCGUGCCAAAUGUGAUCAAUACGUUAAAUCGUUGGAGUCGUUGAGUUUGACGACGGGCUCCGAAGCUGGCGCCAUUCGAACAUUCUUCAAUAAAUGUUUGUCAAAAUUAAAAGAAGAAGAUCGGUUCAUUCCCCAAGUGUUGAUGCUGCAAGACUCGUUGGCACGAGGCAUCGGUGUUCAUCAUAGCGGCAUUUUGCCGAUUUUAAAAGAAGUCGUUGAAUUGCUCUUUCAACGUGGUCAUGUAAAACUGUUGUUUGCCACGGAAACAUUUGCCAUGGGCGUGAAUAUGCCGGCCCGAACGGUGGUUUUUGACUCGUACAAAAAGCACGAUGGCAAAGAAUUGCGUCCAAUUCUGCCGGCCGAAUACACACAGAUGGCAGGACGAGCAGGUCGUCGUGGUUUGGAUAAGCACGGAAGAGUUAUUCUGCUCUGUAAAACCGAUGUGCCCAACGAUAUACUGUUAAAAACCAUGAUUACUGGACAACCGAAAAACUUGGAAUCAAAAUUCCGCUUGACGUAUGCCAUGAUUUUGAAUUUGUUCCGCGUCGAAAGUGUUUCAGUCGAAGAUAUGAUGUCGCACAGUUUCAAGGAAUUUGAAACGCAGUCCACAAAACCAGAUACAAUGGCACAGUUGGAGAAAUUCGAGCAGGAAAUGUCGAAAAUCCCGGAGCUUGGCUCACACAUGGAACCGUUGUGCAAGUUCUUUGACUGUGCCUACGAAUAUAUCGUUACGUAUCAACGAUUCAUGAUGCGAUUGGCGGCAUCCAAAGCACUUAAUAUGAAGCCAGGCCGACUGAUUUACAUAUCGCACAAUAAGUAUCACAAUCGCUUUGCCUUAUUUUUGUCGGCAUUGUCACCACUUACCAAACCCCUUUACAACGUUCUCAUUCUGGAUAACGAUGCAACGAAUGAUGAUAUCGAUAAUGCCGUCGAAACUAUUAGUCGAGUGUCAUUAUUAGAUGAUAAAAAGCAGAAGGAAAAGACGAACAAAUCGAAUCCAUUGGAUCGCGGUGAAUUGUGGCAUCGAAUGGUUGCACUGACAAAACCGUGCUAUUACAAAAUCAACACCGCUCCAGGCCACAAAGUGUUGACCAUUGCACCGAGUGAUAUUAUCGAUGUGACAACCACAACGGUGAAAAUCGACCCUGAUGCCAUUGUUAACAAUUGGCAACAACGACAGAAGCCAAGAUUCCGCGACGCACCGAUCGGACCAUCAACGGAAAGGGCAAUCAGUGAACUGGUGAACUUCCACAAAACACUACAGGCUAAAUCGGAUAAGGUCAAAGUCAAUUAUAUUAACUUCAAACAAGAGUAUAAAAUGGUUCAGGAUGUGGAUUUGAUUGCACAUCAUCGUAAAAAUGUGGAUGAGUUUUUGUCAUACACGCGCAUUGCAAACUUUGAACAAGAAUUUGCACCGGUCUUUGAUCGCAAGCAAUUGGAGGCCAAACGGGCCGAACUUCAAUUCAAAAUGUCCAAUCAAAGUUUAAUUCUUUAUCCCGAGUAUCAAUACAAAUUGGAAGUAUUAAAACGAUUGAAUUACAUUGAUGAUCAACAUGCAGUGACGCUGAAAGGUCGUGUUGCUUGUGAAAUGGGUUCCAAUGAGCUAAUGAUCACCGAACUGGUGCUGUGCAACACAUUCAACGAUUUGGAUCCAGCCGAAAUAUCCGCACUACUUUCUAGCUUAGUGUUUCAGGGUAAAACACAAAUGGAACUCAAUCUCACAGACAAUCUCAAAGCGUGUGUUGAUACCAUCAAGUGUGUGGAUCGUGAGUUGCGUGAGGUCGAAGAUGAUGUCAUGAAGAAUGUUGACAAGGAAAUUCGAGAAUCAGCACAAAUGUUGGAUGGCGAACGUUUGAACUUUGGCUUGGUUCAAGUGGUUUACGAAUGGGCAAGAAAUAAGCCAUUCGCAGAGAUAAUGAAACUGACAGACAUUCAAGAGGGGGUCAUUGUCCGAUGCAUUCAGCAAUUGAAUGAAACUUUAUCGGAUGUCAAAGAUGCUGCUCGAAUCAUCGGCAAUCCGGCACUGCACCAAAAAAUGGAAGAAGCAUCUAAUGCAAUCAAGCGUGAUAUUGUGUUUGCUGCAAGUCUUUAUUUCCAAGAAUAGGCAAAGACAAUCCAAUUGGAUAUUUUUAAUUUUUCCAUAUUGUUCACACUUUUUUUUUACAAUAAAACCAAAUGAAAAUGAUGUUUUGUUUGAAAAUAA